GAAAAAUUUCAUCCCAAAAAAAAGGAAGUUUGAAGUUUGGUCCCAACGUGUAGUAGGCGGUGCGUUUCUCGUGUGGUUGAUUGGAUUAAAGAACGGGAGGGAGUUUUGGAGUGAUUUAAUUUAAUUUUCCGACUUUUUUUUGGCCGAACCUCGAGAUAAACGAGAAGCGACAGCGUUCGAUGAUCGAAGGAGAAGAGUGAAGUAUCGAAAGGAAAUUUAUUGUUUUUCAGUGAAAAAGUUUUCCACCCUGCUGCCGAAGUGGAAGAAGUAAGUGUCGAAGGAGGAAAAGUUUUCGGCUUAAUUCCGGCUGGGAUUGGUGAAUUCUGGUGUGGAGGAGUGCAGAGUGGAAAAUAAAAGCAGAGAUAAGAUAAAUCGAGAAAAGUGAUUUGGGAAAAUAGCGGCAAGAAGAGCAGCAGGCCGGCAGAUGAGGCUGCAUAAUGGAAAUGCCGGCGUGCAGUGAGUGUAAAGUGGAAGUCACGUUCGGUAGCGACAGUGGAAGCCAAUUGAGAAACAGAGUGUAGUGUAGGAUUCUGAGAGAGUCCCUGAUGUGCCAUGGAAACCAUUUCUGACAUUCCAUCGAAGCAGCGGCAGCCGGAUUCGGUUGCUGGAGCUGACCCACAGGACACCAAAAAGCGAACAUCAUCAUCAACAGUAGGAGCAACAGUAGCAGCAGCAGCAGCAGCACCAGUAGCUAGUAGUGCCAAAGCAGCCAGGAGGAGCCCGACGAGAAAGACCACUGCAGGCUUGAACGGUCACGGCCGCAAGGGUAGUGGAAGCGGCCUGGAAGGUGGCUCCUUAAGAAAACCUGGCGCCGCCUCCGCCAGCAGUCUGGUCAACUAUCUUUUCUAUCUGCUGUGCAUCACAUCGCUCGGUGCUACCAUCUACUCCAACAUACGCCAAUCAUAUUUAGAGGAUAGAUUAUUUAGCCUAGUUAGUAUCGAAGAACGACUAAGUGUUCUGGAGAGCCAGAUCCGCGAUGUACAUAUAAGCAGUCGUCGGGCUUACGGUGCCGGUGCUCCCCGCAGCCGGGAGGAACAAGAACAGGAGGAAAGCGUCUCCGAUGUGGUGAGAAAGAUUUCGCUCCAGAUUGCCGAACUUCCCAGGAUACGUCGCGACGUUUCCGCGCUGAAACUAUCGCGAGCGACACGACAGGAUUCGAUUCAACCGCAAGAAGGAGAAUGCAUGUGUCCACCAGGUCCACCAGGCCCGCCUGGUCCUCCGGGAAAGAGAGGGAAGCGUGGCAAGAAAGGAGACUCAGGUGAACCAGGUGUGGAGGGUCCCACUGGUCCACCUGGCAAGAACGGUCUUCCGGGUCUGAAAGGAGCGAAGGGAGACCGAGGAUCGAUGGGGCCAAUCGGACUGGACGGUCCCAAGGGCGAACCGGGACGACUCGGCGACAAGGGCUCCAAAGGUGACGUCGGAAUGCCACCGAUAGACGUGUUCCAGACAGUGAAGGGAUUAAAGCGAUCCGUAACGACACUGCGGGGUGGUUCGCUGGGAUACGCUGAAAUCGUAGCCGUCAAGGGUGAGCCGGGAGAGCCGGGUCCACCAGGGCCACCGGGACCAUUGGGGCCCUCCGGUCCAAUUGGAUUGGAUGGACGGCCGGGGCCACCGGGUGAUCCCGGUCCCAAAGGAGAUCCAGGCACGGCAGGAGAGAACGGCCCAGUUGGGAACCCGGGUACGGCAGGGCUGCCAGGAACGAAGGGUGACCGAGGAGACAAGGGUGACCGAGGGCUGACGACGCACUUCAAGGGCGAUCAGUUCCCGGCCGGUAUCAUCGAAGGGCCACCCGGCCCUCCGGGACCAGCAGGUCCUCCCGGUGACAAAGGUGAUCCAGGUCCGGAAGGUCCUCCUGGUCCACAGGGCGAGAAGGGCCCCCGGGGUAAACGAGGCAAACGAGGCCCCGGAAAGGAUGACGACUAUGACGAAGCAACGCUGGCACAGUUCCGAGGCCCUCCGGGUCCACCGGGACCGCCAGGACUGCCAGGACGAGAUGGCCUACCAGGGCACAAAGGAGAUUCCGGUGAAGUCGGUGCACCCGGUUCGCUUGGACCUCGUGGACUGGACGGAAUGCCCGGAGAACCAGGCAUCGAAGGACCGCCAGGUCUACCAGGCUACCAAGGUCCCCCAGGAGAGAAGGGCGACCCAGGUGACAUUGGACCUCCGGGUCUAAUGGGUCCACCGGGGCUUCCUGGACCACCCGGCUAUCCGGGCGUCAAAGGUGACAAAGGCGAUCGAGGAGAUUCCAAGUUUAGGAAAAUGCGACGGCGGCAAGACCACGAAGGCAUGGCCGAUGAACCCUACCGGGGGGAGAUGCCGCACGGACCACCGGGUCCUCCUGGGCCACCGGGCUCUGUUGGGCACACGGGACAGCCGGGACCUCGGGGGUACGAUGGCAAGAAGGGCGAUCGAGGUGAAAAGGGACAGAAGGGAGAGUACGGACCGAUGGGACUGCCGGGUCCAAUGGGAAUGCGUGGCGAUUCGGGUCCAGUCGGUCCAGUAGGCAAGGCAGGCCAUCCGGUGUGGGAAUACUAAUCUUAAGGACAUCGUGAUCUUCUUAUUUUUUUCGCGCUAUGAUUUGAUCAUUUCGGAAACCUGUUCCAAAGUUGAGUUUCCUAUUUAUUUCGUUUGACAGUCAAACAAUUCGAAGUUAACCAAAGGUCUUCUCGCGCUAGUAGGGCGGAAUGGAAAAUCAAAGCCAGCAGGUGAAUACUCACUUCAAAUGUGUUAGUUAAGUUUAUUGAACAAUUUAAGUAUUAUUUAGAAUCGAACUUUUUUUUUCAUUAUUUAAACCUAAGGGAAAGGGAAUAUUUUACAAAUCGUACUCGUCCAAAAUGCAAACGACAAAAACCAACUAAGACUCUGAUCAAGUAUUCGAGAAUUGAGAAACAACGGAAAUGAACGUAUUACUAGGGUAAGAACGAGGGGUAAGGCACACACAAAAAAAAAAACAUAUUUUUAUAAGUGUUUAUAAAAAACCAGCGCAAGCGAAAGGAGCAGUGACACAGAGCAAAACAUAGAAAAAGUGCGAUGUAAAAUCUCAGAAGGUAUAAAACUUACAAACAAUUGUUGUUAGCCAUUGAUACUUCCUCUUGUUUCAGUGUCUUUUUUCGCUUUCAAAAAUUUUUCGACGUAGGUAAAACACCAAAAACAAAAACAAAAAACCUUAACAAAUAAAUCAGACAGCUAGUUGUUAAAUAAGGCAAAUCGAAGAAACGAAUGUGAACGCUGAAUUCUUUCCCUCGGUUUACCUUCCUCCCCACCCCAAAUCAGUUAGCCAUAUUUUUACCUCCACCAUUUUAAUAUUUGAGUUCAGUUCUUCGGUUCUUCUACUUCUCUCGGGAACCCCAACUAUUUAGGAUAGGUGAAACAAAUUUUAUAGAUUCAUCAGAAAACAGAACAACAUAUCUCUAUGCGAACAACAAAACAAACAACUAUCAUAACUUCCUUACCUACCAACUACUACUAAAAGCAAACUAAACUCUAUCGUGUUGUGUAAUUUAUUCUAUCUUUCAAAAAAAGCGCUAUAAUGGGAAUGACAGAAAGCAAACGCAAAUUUUACUCUUUCUCUCAUCAUAACCUCCAUACAAAUGACAAAUAGCUGUCGGCAUUUGAUUUGAACAGACAAAAAAAAAUCGCCCAUCCAUUCAACCAUAAACCAAACCAUCACCCAUACACACACACACACACUCAUGCACGUGGACAGACGGAGAAGAUGUUUGUUAAAUAUUGUAAAGAGUCAUAUAGAAACAAGGAAGAAGAAAAAAAAAAGUCAACAAAUAAAACAAAACUGAUUGAG